AUGGCCACUGGGUUUACCCCACCAACAACGAACUGGAAUGCUUCAGACAUUCCAGACGAGUUUAAUUCUUUUAAGCAGUAUUGCAACCUUGUAUUUGAUGGGCCAUUUCUAAAGAAAACAGAAAAGGAAAAUGCAUCUUACAUAUUACUAUGGAUUGGGCGACAGGGAGUCGAUAUUUACAAUAGCUUUGUAUGGGAGAACGAACAGGACAAAGUGAAUCCCAAAGCCAUAUGGGAAAAAUAUGAGAAACACCUCGCGCCAAGGACUAACUAUACGCUAGCACGAUUUCAAUUACAACAAUUGAGACAAGAACCAAACGAAAACAUUGAUGAUUUUAUGACUAGAUGCAGAAACCAGGCAGCAAAAUGUAAAUUUCAAGAUCAACAGAAAACGAACGAAAGAUUAACCGAACAAUUCGUAAUUGGAACAAGACAUAAAAAAGCACAAGAAAAAAUACUCGAAAAAGAUGAAAAUCUGAGCUUAGACGAAGCAAUACAUUAUGCCAGAACAUAUGAAGCUACCAUACCCAUGUUGCUCAAUUAA